AAUCGCAGUUGUAGGUGUAGAUAAGAAAUAAAAGGGGUAAUUUCAUCCCCACUCUACUUUGUGGUUCGUCUUAACAUAUACAGGGGAUGAUUAUUGAUGUCCGAUAAACGCGAGAGUUCACAGCUACAAGAGAAAAUGGGGUUAUUCGAUCGUUUAGCGAACCUCUUAGGUCUUAGGAAAAAAGAAGUAAACGUUUUAGUAGUGGGCCUUAACAACAGUGGUAAGUCGACGGUCAUAAAUAAUUUCAAACGCGAGGAUGACCGUUGCAUAGACAUAGUGCCCACUGUCGGGUUUAAUGUCGAAAAAUUCGCAUUUAAAAAUGUCAAUUUUACUGCGUUCGAUAUGUCCGGACACGAUCGUCACAGAUCGUUGUGGGAGCAUUAUUAUAAGGAUUGCCACGGAAUUAUCUUUAUAAUCGACAGUAGCGACAAACUCCGAUUGGUCGUCGUGAAAGAAGAAUUGGAUAUGCUUCUGCAGCAUCCUGAUGUAGUAGGACGCAAAAUACCUAUCCUCUUCCUUGCGAACAAGAUGGAUCUGCCCGAUUCUCUGACUACUGUGAAGUUAGUCGCGGGAUUGGGACUCGAGCGUAUACAAAAUAAGCCGUGGCACAUACGUGCAACGAACGCGUUAACCGGUGAAGGUUUGCAGCCGGCUAUCGAGUGGUUGACCGAUCAGAUUCGUGAUAUAUUCAUCAACAGAAGAUAAACUGCGUUGACGUCGACACUUGGGCGAAUCUUAUCGUAUCGCGGCGUAUGAACAUCAUCGACGCAGUGUCUGCGAUGUCGUGUAUAGGUCAAUUUUAUCGCGAGCUGGUGUCUCCCGCAUGACGUGUUUCGAACUUUCGAGAAAGUAACCUUUUUCGCGCGAGAAAUCUUCACAAAGGUCUCACAUCCUUUCUCUCUGAGAAACCUUGAUAUCAUUAAUAAAAUAUAAUUGGUGUAGAAAGCACAUGUUUAGGAAAUCUAGUCACGAAUCAUUAGUAGUAAAGUACGUAUUUGAAAAAUAUCGGUGAGCUCAAUUCAAUUUUUAUCCGUCCAUAGAAAUAUUUGCGUAAUAUGUACGUGCUAAGAUAUACAUGUAUAUAAGAAAUUAAUUCAAUAUAACAGUGGGCAAUUGGUUGCUGCACGUUUACAAUU